AUGGCGACUCAAACUGGCGACAAGCCUCUUUACUUUUUUGUCAUAUUCCCACUUGCACCUGCUUUUCUUCUCUUGUCGUUCGCGUUUUGGUACAACUGUGUUCGGCCAAAACUUUUUAAAGAAAAAGUCCGGAAAGAAAGAGAAGCUCUUUACAUAACAAUCGCCGAAGAUAUGAACAGAAAAGCUGCAGCAAGUAUUCGGAAAGAGUUGAUAAUUAGACUUAUUGACAACGAUUUUGACUAUUCACCAGUUAUAAUUGAAAAUUAUGAGACCGCUUUAUUUUGA